GAAGCCGACCCAUCAAAAGGGGCCCAGUAUUCUUUAUUUAGAAUUCAGUUUCAAACAAGCCUUGGUGGUUGUAGGACCAAUGUAUUGGCAUUCACUUCUGUGGUAAUAUUAUUGAAAAAAGAACAACAUACUUUCACAUUUCGUGUUAAAAUGGCAACGUUAUUACGAAUGGGUCUGCGAUAUGGAAUAUCGAACCGAAUCCUCGAGAAAAGGGCUAUUUCAUUUGUGUGCAAUGGAGUAACGCAGGGAGAGCAAAACAUCGAUCAACCAAGUACGAAAUUACAGUACCAUGAAAUUGCACGACGAAUGUAUAGCAAGAGAAGCGUACAUCACACGGGACUCUCGGCGUCCAUAGACCACCAAGAAGAAAGCGAUAGUGACUCGGACAAUGAACAAGACAGAGGGCAAUCAAAUUUCUGGAGACGAAAAAUGCGAACCUUGCACAGUCAUUUGGAUGUUAAUAAAGACGGGGUUAUCAGCUAUGACGAUUUUAUGUUACUUGGAGACCGAUUUUCUGAGUUAGGACAUUUAACCCCAGAAUCUAAAGCUGAAUUUAAAGAAGUAUUAAACGAAAUGUGGGAGGAACAGUGGGGUGAAAUCAGUCCAUAUAAUCUCAUUUGUAUUGAAAAAUAUCUGGAAGAAAUGCACCAUGUUCUUAAUGAUUCAUCAUUAAAGAAAAAAUGUCAUCACUUCUUACCUUUCUUAUUCAAAGCAGUGGACAAAGAUCAAAGCGGCGAAAUUUCUGUAGAAGAAUAUAAAUUAUUCUUCCAAUGCUUAGAUCUCACGCACGAUCAUGCAGUUGUUUCCUUCAGUCACAUUGAUACUAAUGAUGAUGGGAAAAUCAGUUUUGAAGAAUUUAUAUCACUAGGUCGUGACUUUCUCUUGACGGAAGAUCCUACAAGACCCAGUAAACACUUUUGGGGCCCAUUAGUGGAUUAAACAUUUAUUUUGUUUACCCUGCAACUUGUGAUAUUACGAUACUGUUCGUUAUCAAUUUUUACAAUUACAUAUAAAUUUUAAGCUUGUAGAAUGUUUAGGUUACUGAUCAUCACUUUUUAUAGGAUUAGUCAACAUUAACACGUCCACUACGGUAAUUUUUCUCAUAGUCAACUACGUUCAUUACUGCAUUUUCAUCUUUGACAAUACGGAAAAAAUGUAUCCCGUAACUUUUCAUUUACGCCCCUAUAAAGUUACCUAUAAAUGAAAUGUACAGUAGUGUCCGUUUAUAUGUAAUCGUGUCGGGACCGUAUUAUGUCAUAUACAUAUCUGGGGAGGUGAAUUUCUAGGCAUUAUCGGACCUUGGCUUCUCGUGUUACCGUCGCAUCGUGCGUGCGAGAUAGAUAAGAGUGCGAAGCAGGGGAAGGAGGGAAAGCGAGCGAGAAAUACAAAGAUAGAUAACUUCGAGACUUGCCACGAACGAACAGUUCCAGGAAAUGAUGGAGAUAACUCGAUGUCACAUAAGCGGACAAAUUUUGUGUCACAUAAACGGGCACUACUAUAACUCGUAUGAAACAAAGGUACUACGAUAGAGGCUUACAUACUCCGUAACGCAGUGAACGUGUUAAAUAUAGAAUAUAAAUUUUUUUAUUUACAUUAGAAAAAAAAAAAUAUAUAUUUCAAAAAAAUCUUAUAUACAAAGAAAAAGAAUAUUUUUUAUGGAAAUGUUUCUAAAUAUUUUAAUGGUUUAGGAACUCCUAUAACAAUUUUAUAUUAAAAAGUACAACAGUUUAAUAAGAAAUACAA